AUGUUCGUGCUCACAUACGGAUGGUCUAGACAAUUUUUCUGGCGAACAACAAGCUUCGUCACCCAUAGGCUCAAAUCAUCAAGCACAAAUGCCGAUGCAAUCGUGCCGAAAAGAAAAUAUAUCAAAAAGCAAAAGCCAAUCGACCUUACAGGUGCAUUGAAGGGUACGUUUCGAAUUGUACCGAAUGACAAAGAAAUCAAGUCUUUCGGCAGCGAAGAUGACGGCACGUCUAUCCCAACAUCUCGUCCUAGUAAGGUGGACAAGCGCUAUGUGAAGGAAUUGGACAACAACGUGUUGAGCAAAGGCGUGAGAAGAGCUAUCAACUUGUCCAACCAGGAGAAGAAGAAAGACCUUAUACACGAUGACGACGAGAAGGAUACUAGUCCCUCUGGAUCUAAGGGACCGGUUCCAGUGAUACCAGACGUUAAUAGAGUCUCGAGACACGUUAAGUCCCCAGCUUCAAAGCCACGGAUCCCAUCUCCCAAAGUUAUAUUUGAAAACAAAAAUUCACACUGUGUUUUACUGGGAAAGACAGACCUGGAUAUAAGAUUACAGCAGGCAGAGAAGUUGGAUCAUAAAAAUAUACCAAAGUUGGCACAUAAUCUUGACAAAUCGUUGUUCUCGCCUGGAGUUCACUUCCUUCAGGAUCCUAGAACCAGAGUUUACAACUUUCCUCCAUUUUUGAAGAAGAUCAUCAAAUACAAAGAUUUCAAUUUCAAUGCCAUCAGCACUUUUCAAAGGGUAUCGAAAGAUCAGACUCUCCUCAAGAUGGCCGAGAAGCACAAAAAGAAAUAUUACUCUUCUACUUCAUCCAUGACAGCUACAUUUAUUCAGUUUUAUCUUUUACUAAACAAUUACGAUCCUCUUAAGACAAGCAGAUUUAACUUCACCCCGUUCUCUGGGCUUGUUAACUCAUUACCCAGCUCGUCAAUUAUUCAACCAAGAACGAACGCUUCUGGUAAAAUAUACUCCAUCGAAUCGGAUAAAUCCAACGACAAUGAAAUAUUGUUGUCUGCGAUGGGACAUUGCUUGGAGACCUUAUUAACCACCGAAGAAAAGGAGUUUGAAAGAUUUAACAAGAAUAGUUCCGAUCCAGUAUCUGCACAAGAGCAGCUCGAAAAUGUGUACAACUAUGCUGGCAUUGGGAAGUUUUUGUUGCGGUCCCAGUUGGAUUGCUACGACUCGAGGUUGCCAGGAAACGGUACUUUUGAUCUCAAGACGAGGGCUGCUUGUUCCAUUAGAUACGAUAGCUCCAAUCCCGACAUCGAGGAGAACAACUACCAGAUUUGGCGAUUAAACGGAGAGUAUGAGUCGUUUGAGAAGGAGUACCGGGACUUGGUGCGGACGGGUGCGUUGUUGAAGUACUCGUUCCAAGCCCGGAUUGGGCAGAUGGACGGCAUUUACGUGGCGUACCACAACAUCAACUCGUUUUUUGGGUUCCAGUACUUUCCAUUACAGCAGCUCGACGAGGUGUUCUACAACCACGAAGGUGUGGAGAAGUACAAGCACCGCAUUCCCGAGAAUUUGCUGGAAUUGGACCCAGAAGCCAUUGAUCUCAGCCACUUGAACGAUGGCCUCCCCACGUACGUGGCUGAACGCCAGUUCGCCAUGUCCAUGCACAUCUACCAGGACUUGUUGGACACCAUAGUCCAGGGCCUUCCUGACACCGGGUUCCGGAUGGUGAUGAAGAGCACGCCCAUUAGCCGCAAUGCAGCCACCAGGCUCUACGUGUACGCCGUGCCAGUCACAGACUCCGAUAUUAAGAAUUUGCAAUCGUUUCCUGACAGUUUCCGCACCAGUUUCAAGGAAAAUAUUCUGGCUGGAGAGCGGGCGCAAAAUCUCCAGGCUCACUGCGACCGUCUCAAGCGAUUCAACGAGCAGACCACCGCCAAAAAGACUGUCCACUCCUACUACGUUGACAUCGAUGGUCACACCAUCGAUGGCAAGGCAGUGACCACGCGCUGCCCGUACCCUCAACGGGUUGGUGCUGAGUGGACUGUCAAUUACACCAUCCACAAAAUGGAUAAUUCCAAUGAAAAAGUGCAGGCACGUAGUCGCAAGGAGUACGUGGACAUGCUAGCGACCGCAGCAGAAACCAUCACCAUUGGGACGUCUAAGAGGGACCAGACGAAAGGCGAGCUGCGAGAGGACGUUGUGAGGACCUACUCUAAGAUCGGCCAGGCGCGGGCCCGCGCAUGGGCUGAGAAGGACGCAGAGGCAGUGGUGUACACCCAUAGCGAUAAGGUGACGUAG